AUGUUUUAUAACAAAUUAACUUUAGAAGACAUAAGUGAUGAGCAAUGUUUGCACGCGCAACAUGUGUGGAAAGAAUUUAAUUGUCAAAACUUAAAAGAAUAUUCCGACUUGUACUUAAAGACUGAUGUUCCUUUAUUAGCCGAUGUUUUCAAGAAAUUUAGACGUGUAUGUUUUAAAACGUACGAAUUGUUAACGGAUAUAGAUCAAGUUCAUUUUGUUAAAAAAGGUAUCCGUAGGGGUAUUUCCCAAUGCUCCCUACAACAUGCUAAAGCAAACAAUAAGUAUAUGGAAACUUAUGAUGCUAAUUCACCCUCUGAAUUGUUAAUGUAUUGGGACGUUAAUAAUUUGAAUGGGUGGGCGAUGUCUCAAUUUAUACCCGUUUCCGAUUUUAAAUGGCUGUCUGAAAACGAAAUAAAAAAUUUAGAUUUUAAUAAUAUACGUGAUAUUUCCGAUUUUGGGUAUAUUUUAGACGUUGAUAUUGAAUACCCCGAAAUUUUACACGAUUUACAUAAUGAUCUCCCGUUCCUAGCUGAAAACCUAUUACCACCUAACGCCGUUGCUCACGGUCUUAAAGUUUGUAAAAUUAAUAGAGUUUUAUCGUUUAGACAGUCUGCGUGGUUGAAAUCUUACAUCGAUAAAAAUACGGAACUACGUCAAUCAGCUAAAAACGCGUUUGAAAAAGACUUUUUUAAAUUAAUAAAUAACGCGGUUUUCGGUAAAACUAUGGAAAAUGUUGAUAAGAGAGUCGAUAUAAGAUUAGUCACCAGUGGGGAAGACGUUCAAGGUCAGGGAGCGGAAAUGGCUGAUGUGGAUGAACAUGGACUUGAUGUAUUGCCGAACAAUAAAGAAAACUACAUCAGUUUUAGUAAAACAGUGUUGGUCGAUAAGGUAAUGGACGAAGAUAGACAUGUUGACAAAAAUUUUUUAAAAUUAAGAUUUGUGGAUUCAUUUAGAUUUAUGGCAUCUUCAUUAGAUUCUUUAGCUGAUAACCUAGAAAAAUACGUUGAUAUUGAAUACCCCGAAAAUUUACACGAUCUACAUAAUGAUCUCCCGUUCCUAGCUGAAAACCUAUUACCACCUAACGGUAAAUGUGAAAGUGAUAAAAGAUUAAUUCCAAAUUUAUUUAAUAAGAAAAAUUAUGUCGUACACUAUAGAAAUUUAAAACAAGCCGUUGCUCACGGUCUUAAAGUUUACAAAAUUAAUAGAGUUUUAUCGUUUAAACAGUCUGCGUGGUUGAAGUCUUACAUCGAUAAAAAUACUGAACUACGUCAAUCAGCUAAAAAUGCGUUUGAAAAAGACUUUUUUAAAUUAAUGAAUAACGCGGUUUUCGGUAAAACUAUGGAAAAUGUUGAUAAGAGAGUCGAUGUAAGAUUAGUGACCAGUUGGGAAGAUAUAUGUAUGAAAACGGGUAGACCAAAAUUAGGAGCGCGUAGCUUAAUCGCUAAAUUAAAUUUUAAGAAUAUUAAAACUUUCACGGAAACAUUUUCGGCUAUUCAAAUGGAACGUCUUCAUAUCGUUUACGAUAAACCUUUAUAUGUUGGUUUUACGGUUUUAGAGUUGUCGAAAUUAUUAAUGUACAACUUUUUUUAUGGUUUUUUAAAACCAAAGUAUGGUGAAGGUAUUCGGUUAUGUUACAUGGAUACGGAUAGCUUCACCGUUCUAAUUAAUUCCAAUGAUGUUUAUACAGAUGUAAAAUUAAAUUUAAAUAAAUUUGACACGUCUAACUACAGUCCUGAUAAUCAGUUUGACGUCCCGUUACAAAAUAAAGCGGUUUUAGGUCUCAUGAAGGAUGAGAAUUGUGGUGAAAUUAUGGAAGAAUUUGUGGGUUUAAGAUCGAAGGUGUAUGCUAACAGAGUCGCUGAUGGACGGGUUACUAAAAAAUCCAAAGGUGUAAAGAAGGCUGUCGUGAAACGUAAAAUUACUUUUGAAAAUUAUAUCGAAUGUUUAAAUUCUAAAGCCGUUUUGUUUAGAAAGCAAUUAUCUUUUAGGAGUUUUCAUCACAUAAUUUUUACUAUGUUACAAAAUAAAUUGGUUCUUUCACCAAAUGAUACCAAGCGAUGUAUUUGUAAUGAUGGGAUUGAUACAUUAGCUUGGGGUCAUCAUGGUAUUAAUAAUAGCGUUUAA